AAGACUUUGGAGUCCAAAACUAGCCACAAAUCAAGGAAACAGAAGGAGAAUCUCCUUAAGGAGUUGAAAGCUCUGAAGGAUUUGUUGGAGCAAUUCAAAAAGAGUCUCGAAAAAUGACCUGAAUGAAAUGUAUCAACAAACGUUACUAUAGUAAAUUCCAAAUUAUCUCAACAAGUUUUGGCGCGCUCCGUAAGGAUACAAUGCUGAAGGUGGUCGAGAAGCUUUUCCAACUGUUGCGACCCAGGAUGUGUCAGUUUUCGCAAUCGAACAAGAACAUAUCCAAGCAUUUGUUCGAGAAAGCCAGGGCGGAGGAGAACAUACAUUUCCUUAAGCUGCAACGGGAACAGCUGAAGACGCUGCGAGAAAAGAUUCUCAGCCAGAAGAACGAAGUCACAACGAAGAUCAUCAAGGUGGACAAGCAGAUACAAUCGUUGGAAAAAUCCAAGACCGAAGGCUCACAGAUGAACCAUGAACAAAAUUAAUAAAGUGUAGCAGAAGCA